CUUGGGAACCUGCACUAACUACCAAAAGCGAGGAUUUCAUGAGCUGUUAAACCGUUUGUGGUGUUCUCAGGAAACCGGAAGAAAAAUCGUUCCAAAUGAUGGCAGAACAUGGAGACCUUUGUGAUGGGCAGGAAGCCACCUACUGCAUGAAUGGAGGGACUUGCUAUAAAAUACAUUCCAUGGAUACACUCUCCUGUGUGUGCAAUGAAAAUUACAAAGGCAGCAGAUGUGAGCAGUUCCAGCUCUUCAGCAGUUCUGCCAAUGCAGGGGAGGCUGGGUUAAUUGCAGCCAUGGUCAUUGUUGCCCUCCUCAUCUUAGUGAUGCUUAGUGUUGUUAUCUACUACGUACGCAAGAUGCUGAAAGCCAAGCAAGAGAGCCAACAGAACAACCAACCACAGUAUUGGAGAGUAAAACCAAGAGUAUGAUCUUCCUUCUGAUGUGCAUUCGUUUCUCUUUUGGUUGUGUGUCAGAUGGGAUGAGAGAUAAGUG